UAUACACACACACAUACACAUACAUAUACAUAUAUAUACAUAUACAUAUAUAUACAUGCACAUACACAUAUAUGCACAUAUAUAUUGAUGGAUUGCAGUAUUGCACUGGGAUGUAUUGCACAUUUAUCAGGGAUAUUGCACAGAAUAUUGCACAUGGUUAAGGUGAGUUAGUGUCUGGUUAUAAAAUUUACAAAUUUAUGUAAUUAUACAUAAAUGUAAGCUUAGAAGGGCUAGGCCAAAAUUCUAUGUUCUACAAAAACAACACAAACAAGACUUGAAUGUGAGUUCAAGUCAUUAGAGUACGAGUUGAUACAGAAAAAAAAGAAUAAUACAGAAACGUUUUUAAAGCUUACAGUAUAGUGUGUGUUUUAUUGGGAAAAUCCAGAAUUGUAAAAAUGCAUUGUUUGAUAAAACCUGAAAGGAGGGGAACAAUACAUUUUUCCAGAGAAGCGUAAAACUGUAAUGAAUAUGAACAUAAACUUUAACUUGCCAAUUUACUCCAUAAGUAUAGUGUGAGGACAAGACCAGAAUAAAUGUACUAGUGUUUCUUUAUGUUCCCCUAUCAUUCUAUCUUCAGAGUUUGUUGGAUAAAACCUCUGAAGCUUUUUAAAGGCAAGGCAGGUUCAUUUGUAUAGCACUAUUCAUACACAGGACAACCCAGAGUGCUUUUUAGAAAGGCAUAGAAACACAUUAAGAAAAUCACAGAUACAUUAAAAUUAUACGAGAUAAAAAUGUGAUUUGCCCAUAAAAGUGCAUGUAAAAGACAGGAAUGAACUGAUAACUAAUUAUUUGAGAAUUUAAUAAAAAGAUGCAGUGAAUAAUAGAGUGUUAAGGCCUGACUUAAAGCAGACCUCAGUGUGUUCCACAGGUGAGGAGCUAAAUGCUGCUUCACUUUGUUUGUAAAAGAAACCUCUCUAACUUUGUUAGUGACACAUAACUUAAUAUGUGGUAGAAACCAAACUUUUCCCCAAAUGUCUCCAGUAUAUGAAGACCACUAUGACAAAGAAGAAGGUGUACAGUUAACGUCUUGUUGAAAAAGAGGACGAAUUUCCAUAACUAGCUCUAGCUAUUCAUCUAGCUAUACGUCUACGGGAUGUGACGUCACCGCGCCCUUUGAUCUUGUCGGAUGGUGUUGUUUACUUCCGUCUCUUCUGCUGACAGACAGUAGUUCAUGAAGCCGACAGUUCUCUGGCUCAUGUUACCGCAAACAUGCGCUCACUCCUCGGACUUAUCACCGUUGUUCUUGCAGCCAGUCUGUAUCUGUAUACACUGUCCCUGUACCUGCCCGCUGGACCCCGGCGGUCUCAUCCUCCCUCUUCCGACAGAGAGCAUGUGGACACGGCGGAGUCCCCAGAUAGCACCGAGGGAGCCAGCAGGUUGAAGUUCCCCUCAGACUUGGAGGAGCUGAGGGAACUCGCUGAGCUCCUGCAGUUUUAUAAGGCAGAGCACACUGGAUAUGUCCUGCUCCUCUUUUGUAGUGCUUAUCUGUACAAGCAGUCUUUUGCCAUUCCUGGAUCCUCAUUCCUGAAUAUUCUAGCAGGAGCUAUAUUUGGACCUUAUGAAGGACUGGUGCUAGCCUGUGUGCUAACUACUGUGGGCGCCACCAUGUGCUACCUCCUGUCACAGGCCUUUGGGAAACAGUACAUUGUGAACUUCUUCCCUGAUAAAGUUUCCACGCUGCAGAAGAAGGUUGAAGAGAAUAAGGACUGCCUGUUCUUCUUUCUGCUCUUCCUGAGAGUCUUUCCCAUGACGCCUAACUGGUUUCUGAACAUUUCUGCCCCAAUUGUAAACAUCCCCAUCACCUACUUCUUCUGCUCAGUCUUCAUUGGUCUUCUGCCGUACAACUUCAUCGGUGUCCAGACGGGCGUCAUGCUGUCUGAGGUGCCUUCGCUGGACGACUUGUUCUCCUGGCAGCGGCUGCUGCAGCUGCUGGCCAUCGCCUGCGUGGCUCUGCUACCCGGCGCCCUCAUCCGCCGCUACAGUCGGAGACAUCUCAAGCUGGAUGUGCCGUCACAGAACGGAGUCAUUACAGAGAAAAAGGUCCAGUGAUUCGUUCUGGUUUUCGUCCCCCUGCACUUUGCCCUCAAAAGUGAACUUUUACCAUUUUAUCUCGAUUGGUUUAUUUCCUAGGAGACACCUGGACAUGGGAAAUGGAUUGUAGCUAUUAAAACAAUGAGCAGAUUGGGAUUUGCAUAGUGGGAUUUAAAGCUGUGUUAUCAACUAGUGGUGUCUCAAAUCUACAGUACAACUUCUGUAGACACAACAUACACAGUAUAUGUGCAAUAAUGUUUAGUAAUCAUGUGGAGAAAUUUGAAGGAUAUUAUGCUUUGAAACUGUCACUGUAGUUUAGACUAUGUGUAAGACCAGCUUGUGUCCAAAGUGCCUGUCGUGCAGUUAUAGAUUCAAACUUCUACCUCCAGCAAAGACACAUGGAAUAAACUGUAUAAAAAGUUAAAAUGUAAAACCCAUGUUUUUAGUGGUUAGGUGGAUUGUUUUGUUGGGUUUAUGUAAAAUGUUUUUAUUCAAAACUGAAAUACUGAUGGUAUUGCAGCAAAUCGAAUAUGAAGUGAAGAAAAUGAGGCAUUUUUUAGAACACUUUUUCAUCCCUGCACUACGUUUUGUAAUCUAGGGACCCUCGUAUCGGGCCUCAAACAGAUACAUCACACAAGUAAUUUUAAGGGGGGAAAAAAAUGUAAUUAUAUAUAUAUUUAUAUAUUUUUGUAAUUUGAUGUGUCUACAGCCAUAUUUAUCUUUUUAAGUGAUCGUACAGUCAGUUCACGCAUCGUGAGGCUUUAAAAUCCUUCUUUUACUGCCUCUUUGUGUCCAUGUGUCUUUUCACUCCUGCUACAUCAAGUGUUAUUUUAAAUCUGGUGGUACAAGGUGUAAAAUGGUGUGUCUUUAUUUUUGUUUUCAUCUCUCUUCAAUAUGAUUCACAGUAGCUGUGACAUUUAUGAUAUUUGCAUCACAAAUGAUGUGCCACUGUUAUUUCAGGGGUGGAAAAAC